AAAAAAAACCUAAUUCUAGGUUAAAAAGGCUGAACCACGGGUCACAGUUCCAAUUUCUCUCAUAAAUAGCAAUCUAACUUUAGACAAGAUUGCAGCCAAAACUCCCUAUGUCACCAUGGAUUUCUCUUCUCACAUCAAAACAGUCAUAUGGGCUCUUGCUUUUAUAUUUCUCUUUAGUUUAUGGAGAACUAUGAACAGAAAGAGCGAAAGAGAGAAAAACAGAGUCCCUGAACCAGCCGGGGCAUGGCCCUUGAUUGGUCACUUGCAUCUUUUAGGUGGCAAAGAACCAGCCUGCAAAAUCCUUGGAGCCAUCGCUGAUAAAGCUGGCCCUUUUUACUCACUCAGACUUGGUAUGAACCGAAUAUUAGUGGUGAGUGGUUGGGAAAUGGUAAAGGAAUGCUUGGCUAAAAACGACAUAGUUUUUGCUACCAGAGCAAGCAUAGCAGCAGGAAAACACUUGGGUUACAAUAAUGCAAUCUUCGCAUUAGCCCCAUAUGGAGAAUAUUGGCGUGACAUGAGAAAGCUAGCUACUCUUCAACUUCUAUCGAGUCAUCGGCUUGAAAUUCUUAAGCAUGUGAGGUUGUCGGAAGUGGACAUGUUCUUGAAAGAUUUGUACAAUAUUUGUGCAGAGAAUGCGAACAAUCUUGCCAAGGUUACCAUAAGCAAAUUGUUGGAGCGUGUUACGUUCAAUAUAAACCUGAAAAUGCUAGCUGGGAAGAGAUUUUCAAGCAGCACAUAUGGGGAAGAAAACAGCGAGCCCUGGAGAUACAAGAAGGCCAUAGAAGAAGCUCUAUAUCUGAGCGGGAUUUUUGUGAUGUCGGAUGCAAUUCCGUGGCUUGAAUGGUUGGAUCAUCAGGGGCAUAUCAGUGCGAUGAAGAGGACCGCUAAGGAGAUUGACGCAGUAGUAGGAACUUGGCUGGAGGAACAUCUGAGAAAAAAAAGCUCCAAGGAGGACAGUAUUGGUGAAAGUGAUUUGAUGGAUGUUAUGCUUGAAAACCUUGCAGAAGAUUCUGUGAUGUCUGGCCAUUCGCGAGAUACUGUCGUAAAGGCAAUGGUUAUGAUUCUAACCCUAACCGGAGCUGGAAGCACAGCAGUAACAUUGACAUGGGCACUUUCUCUCCUACUAAACAACCCGAGUGUGCUAAAAUCAGCUCAAGAGGAGCUAGACAUCCAUGUUGGCAAAGACAAAUGGGUACAAGAAUCAAAUAUUCAAAAACUAAACUAUCUCCAAGCAAUCGUCAAAGAAACUCUACGCUUAUAUCCACCUGGUCCACUAACAGGGAUACGUGAGGCCAUGGAAGACUGUGAUCUUGGUGGGUAUCAUGUCUCUCAGGGCACACGACUUGUCGCUAACAUAUGGAAGCUACAACGAGACCCUCGCAUCUGGGAAAACCCUAGCGAGUUUCAACCAGAGAGGUUCCUGACGACUCAUGCUCAUGUUGAUUUUAGAGGGCAAAAUUUUGAGUACAUUCCAUUUAGCUCUGGGAGAAGGUCUUGCCCUGCUAUUACUUUUGGCCUGAAAGUGGUUCACUUGAUCCUUGCUAGGGUUCUUCAGGGAUUUGAUUUAAGGACAGUUAAAGGCUUACCAGUGUGUAUGAAGGAAGGCCCUGGAAUUUCCUUGUCCAAAGUAAAUCCAUUAGAAGUUAUUGUCAAACCCCGCCUGGAUUUGGAGCUUUAUCAAUGUCUUGGAAGAUCAAACUACAUGUCGUUUUAAGUAUUACCCCCCUAUACCAAAUAUUUCAAGAAACGGAUAUAGAAAAUGAGAGGAAAAUGAAUGUGAUAAGUUUAAAUUUUUAUAGUAAGUCAUAAACGAGUGGAAAAAUGAAAUAUAAGGUUUGAUUAAUGAAAUUAAAUAAAAUUUUAAUAAUUUUUACUAACUGUUAGAUUGCCAAAAUGCUAAAACAUUUGGUUUAUUUUUAUAA